AGGAGAGAUUUACCAGGUAGUCAAUAUGCUAAAAAUAGAUUUACUGAUAAGCACUGACCAUAGCAACUGUUGCAGGUCGUACAAACUGUGUUUGUACUACCCACUGAUACACUAUAGAUUUGUACAUGCUUGAGUAUGGAUUUACCUAGUACAUCUUCAAAAAUAAGCUCUGGUACAACAAAACAUUGUUGUUAUGGUGUAUGUAAUAGUGACUCAAGGUACAAUGACAGAGAACAUAUGCAAGAUGUUUUUUUCAUACCAUUUCCAAAACCAAAAUCAAACGAAUUAAAGUGUAAUAAGUGGAUAAAUGCAUGUGGUCGAAAAGACUUUACUGUUAACCACAUUAAAAAGUGGACUUACAUAUGCAGCAAACAUUUUGUUGGAGGUAAAGGACCUACAGAAAAUCAUCCAGAUCCUGUUCCUGCCACAUAUACACCACUUCAGGUAGAAAAGUAUUCACGUAAAAGAAAGGCACCAACUCCAAGGGCAGCACCUGUAUCUAAAAAAACUUUGUUUGAGGUUUCAGAGGCUCUACUUCAGUUAAAGGAUACAAAAUACAACUCAAUUCAGAAUGCAAACUCUGAUGAGGAAAACCAAAGAGAUCAAAAUAAACAGCCAGAUGUGCUCGAGGACCAAGACAUAUACUUUGCCACAAAGAUUAGAUCUACAGAUGAUAAGGAAACCCAAACUCAAUUCACAUGCAGUGACCAGCUUUUUAAUAAAAUAGAAAGGCGCAUUAAGAGCAAUAAAUCAUCAAUAGCUUUGAGUAAAAAACAGAAAAAGCAUUCUGAUAAACCAACAAAACUGGAAUCUAAAAUCACCUGCUAUCAGCUUCAGACUGAUGCAAAGUUAUUUAAAUUCUACACGGGUGUUACCCUCAACAAUUCAAUCAUUUAUACAAGUCUCUUGGUGAAUCUGUGCAUAAAUUAA